AUGAAUCAUGUUGCAUGUUUAUCACCGUUGAAACAUUGCGAAAAAUUGGAAGAGCUCUAUCUGCGACGUAACGAUAUUGUUAGCCUUAAUGAAUUGGAACAUUUAAAGAAUCUAAAAAACUUGAAGAUUCUAUGGAUCGACGACAAUCCAUGUACCGUUGGUGUCAAUCAUCGGCCACGUGUACUAAAAAUUCUACCAACUUUAACUCGUCUUGAUGACAAACCAGUAACAAUCGAUGAUUUACGUGAAAUGCGUGAACUUGGACGUCGUCGGGGUAGUAGCGAAUUUGAAAUUGCAUGUGGUGAUGAUCGACGAAUUGUUGAUACUUUGUUGCCAAAUAAUUCGCAACUUUUGGACCUGACAUCCAGUCGUUCAUCGUGUACACUGAACGAAGAUGUUGCAUCCUAUAAAUCGCUGCAGUCAUCGAUGUAUGAAAGUUUGAUUAACGAUGAUGUCAUUGAUGAAGAUCAAUCAUGGCAAGAUUUCAGCUUAGAUGAGAAACGUACAAUUGUACCGGAUGGAUCAAUGUAUUUGCUGUCAGAAAAUCCAAUGAAUUCAAUAAUGUAUCAAAGUAUGUAUGAAGGUUCACAAAGUGCUCGGCAUAUCGGCUCCUAUAAGAUACCGGUAUCUGUACACCAGCGAAGUAUCAGUUUACCAAGGCGAAAAAAUAAUACUUUUUCACUAAGUCCAUUAAAAAAUGUUCAAAGAAGGGAAAAAAUAAUGUCAGCAAUAAAUGUUUUAUUGGACGAAUUGGAUGCUGACGGUUUGCGGCGAGUCGUUGAUGAAGCUCAGAGGAGGAUUAAAAAACAAAGAUGA